GGCACGUAACAUCCGUUUGUUCCGCAUAACUUUCAACACACUCCUUUUGAUUCUCUCUCUCUGCUCUCUUCGAUCCCUGAAAGUGUCAAUUUGGGUUUUCAUUCACAUUCUCUCUCUACACUCUCUCGAUAUUCGAUCAAUUCGCCAAGAUGAAGCUUACUGUAAAGACUCUCAAAGGCAGCCACUUCGAAAUUAGGGUUCAACCCACUGACACCAUCAUGGCGGUUAAGAAAAAUAUUGAAGAUGUGCAAGGAAAAGACAAUUAUCCAUGUGGACAGCAAUUAUUGAUUCACAAUGGAAAGGUUUUGAAAGAUGAAAGUACUCUGGCAGAGAACAAGGUCUCUGAAGAUGGUUUUCUUGUUGUCAUGCUUAGCAAGAGUAAAGCUUUGGGCUCAAGUGGGACCUCAUCCACCCAGCCUGGAUCUACAACUCAACCAAUUUCUAAUCCUACUUCUGCACCUGAAGCUCCUACUAAUCCUACUUCUGCACCUGAAGCUCCUGUACAAGCACCGGCCCCAGAAAUCACCUCGUCUGGUUCCAAUGUGGCAACAGCUAAUGCUCCUUCUGAUACGUAUGGUCAGGCUGCUUCCAUUUUGGUUGCUGGUUCUAACCUUGAGCAGACCAUUCAACAAAUAAUGGAUAUAGGUGGUGGCAACUGGGACAAAGAAAUAGUUACCCGUGCACUUCGAGCUGCUUACAACAAUCCAGAGCGAGCUGUGGAUUACUUGUAUUCAGGUAUUCCAGAAGCAGCGGAAGUUGCAGUGCCAGUGGCUCAUUUGCCUGUGAAUCAGGCAACUUCUGAGGGGGCUGAAACACGUUCAGCAGCAGCUGCACCCAUCUCUGGAGCACCUAAUUCAUCUCCGUUGAAUUUGUUUCCUCAGGAAACAAUUUCUGGUGGUGAUGGUGGUGGUGGACUUGGUCCCCUUGAUUUCCUUAGAAACAGCCAACAGUUCCAAGCAUUGCGAUCAAUGGUGCAAGCAAAUCCACAGAUUUUACAGCCCAUGCUUCAGGAGCUCGGAAAGCAAAACCCCCAACUUUUAAGACUUAUUCAGGAGCACAAUGCAGAGUUUCUUCAGUUGAUAAAUGAGCCUGUUGAAGGUUCUGAAGAGGAUUUAUUUGAUCAGCCUGAGCAGGACAUGCCUCAUGCUAUUAGUGUCACACCAGCAGAGCAAGAGGCCAUAGAACGACUUGAGGCAAUGGGAUUUGAUAGAGCCCUUGUCAUUGAGGCAUUUUUGGCCUGUGACCGCAACGAAGAAUUGGCAGUGAAUUACCUAUUGGAGAAUGCUGGGGACUAUGAGGAUUGAAUGGAUCUUACAAUCCUCGAUUUGAUUUGGUGGACCCCCAAAACGAUCCAGUAUAAGAUCCCAGUUAUAACAACCUUUAGAGAACUGGAUAACUCCAGUACUAAUAUUAAUUUGGGAAAAUGGGUUGUAAAUCCACCUUGCAAAUUGCACAAGGAAAUUAGUCCAUGUGUAGAUCUUUUGAGGCUAUGUUGGAAACUCAAGAUUCAUGAGAAGCUUCACUUGGAAUGUUUUAGAGGGAACUUACAUUUAUCUAGUUAUUCAACAGUAAAUGUCCAGAAGAUAUAGUACUUUUUCUUGUGAGUCCUCUGGACAAUGGAUUUCUCAAAUUUUAUAUGUAAACACAGAUACAUGCUCACCUUAGCUUUUUUGUAAGUGUAAUCGGCUUAGCUGACUUCAUUGUACUCAUUUUUAUCUUGGUAUGAUUCAA